AUGUGGUUCCAAGCUACUGCCCUGUCGCUGUGUGAGCCCGGACCCCACAUUCUGCUCCUGGUCAUUCCCUUACUGUACUUUAGCCACUCCGAGAAAGCGGCCCUACAGAAACGCAUGGAGAUCCUCACAGAGGGCGUAUGGCGCCACACCAUGGUCGUGUUCACCCUCGGGGACCGUCUGCGCGACUACAGCAUACAGGACCACAUCCAGACAGCUGGGAAGGAUCUCCAGUGGCUAAUGGAGAAGUGCAGGUAUAGGUACCACGUUCUUAACAACAAGAUGCCCCAGGACAGACAGCAGGUCUCUGGGUUACUAGACCGUGCAGAAGACAUGCUGAUGGAGAACGGGGGAUGGCACUUCUCCCUGCACAUGUACUGCAGGCUGGAGGAGGAAUGGAGCCGAAGAGAGAGGGAAAUGAAAGAGAGGAUACUAGAGAGACAAGAUAGAGUGGGGAAAACCAGUCGAGGACUGGCUGUGGUUCCUAAUCACAGUCAAAAAGGUGGUCUGCAUGUGAACGAUACUCAGGUGAAAUUAGUUUACCAUGGCUAACUGCUGCAAAACAAAGUUACAUGGCAUUGUUUUGGCAUGAACUCAAAGUGAACUUCUGAACUGUAAAUAUGUUUCAUCAACAAAGAUUUUAAGUUAAAAUAUC